AUGACGUCCCAUAGCUGGAGGGAUGCCUACAGUGGUAUGUCCGCCGAUAAUAUCAAGGGUUUGAUUUUAGCAUUGUCUUCAAGUUUGUUCAUUGGUUCUAGCUUUAUUAUUAAGAAAAAAGGUCUCAAGAAAGCAGGCGCUUUUGGUAUUAGGGCAGGAAGCGGAGGAUAUUCAUACUUGUAUGAGCCUUUAUGGUGGGUAGGCAUGAUAACAAUGGUUGUUGGAGAGGUUGCAAACUUUGCAGCCUAUGCAUUUGCACCAGCUAUUUUGGUUACUCCUCUUGGGGCACUCAGCAUUAUAAUCAGGCAGGUUUAA